UUCGAGAUCAGUCAAGCUUCCAGCGCAGUCACCGAAAACAGCAUGGACAGUGUAGCUGUGUUCGAGAAAGAUUUCGUCGUUGAAAGCGUCCUGGGUUUCAUGGACACAGAAGACAUCUUCAACUGCUGCGAAGUGAACCAUCUGUGGUACGCAGUUGGCCUUUCACUUCUUCGCAAGAAGCUCGUCUCGGUGCCAGUCUGUUGCGCCUCGUACACAGAUCCGAUGACGUCUUGCAGUCCAAGCUGCGGACACUCCUGCAUGGACAUAUUUUGCAAGAAGUUCGUGCGCUAUCGCAACAUCGCCCGCAUGGCAGGAAUGCGCCCUACACUAGUUUUCCUGGCUUAUCGCGAGGAUCCCGUCAGCGAUAGGAGAGUUGUGAACGCCCUACGCGGUCUGCUUCCCGCCGACUGCGUAAUCACCUACUUCAAGCUGGAGCUCGUGCGGAAUCCUGAAGGAUCGAGCAUUGUGCCCCAUGACGGGAUCAUCGGCGAGUUUAUAUUUCGCCAAGACAACGGCCCUUGGACUCCAAUGUCGCCCGCUCUCAGCUACCAGUACGCUUCGCCGGUUGACGACGACGACGACACGACAAGCCGGAGUGGUGGGGCGGUCUUUCGCAACGUGCUGCCGGGCGUCCUCAUGUUCCAGGCUCUGCACGUAACGGACAUCACACCGGUGCGGCACGCCAUCACCAGUUACUUCACAGAAGCCUUCACGAGGCGAACCAUUCAGGUAACGUCGGUGGUGAUCUUCUCCAACAUGCCCCAGGAGCGACUGUUCCCUUUCAUGCGAAGCCUGCGGAACAGUCUGGGAGCGACGACCAAUACGAUCGCCGUGGUGUUCCCGCGCAACGACGACGAGGCUCUGCCGGAGCUGGAAGCCUUCCAACGGCUAUUCCCAAAGGUGCCUGUUUUGGCCAAUCAAGCUACGUUCCACGUGGACGGUCAGUACGCCCCUAUCAGUCGACUCAAGCUCAUCCUCUUGAUCAUCAAACUGCUCGAAUGACUUCCUCACAACCACCUUCGUUCGCCACGGAACUUGUGUCACAUUUCAUAACUGCGAAUUUCGAAACUUUCGCUGAGAAUUAAAUGCAUAAAGCUCU